AUGCGACUCGAGCACCGUUGCCACGAUGCUCAUGGGCACAACGAAGAAAAAGCAAAAGGGUCCGAGGCAAGUAUUUUGACGCGGUAUCGUCCUUUGUCUCCCAACGAUGCUCCAAUGUCACAGGACUUUGACUUCUUUGCACCGACCAAGGAGCCCACAGAUGAUCAAGUCAGUCAACGGCUCGAUGCGACUGGACUACGCUGGAAGCAUAGCGUCGGAACUGUUGCAGCAUUACGAGUUGAGAGAUCCAUCGAAUGGCAACUUGAGACGUCAAAAGAUGUAAAUGAAAAUGAAUACAGUGUAUUUCCUUUAUUUAAAAAAAUGGAAAGGGCGGUGCUUGAUUUCCACAGCAGUUCAACAAACAGGACCCUCUUUUUUCGCUGUGUCUUCUUUUCCUUCCUCUGCUCCUUCUUCUGCUUCUCCUGCUUCUACUCCGGCGAGAGACUUACCGAGAAGAAGCAGCUUGCAAAACCGCCGAUGUCUUGCCUCUCGCUGCCUGCCGCACGCAUAUCAUUUGCAUGGACGGCGCGUAUCACGGCGAAGCCCCUCCUUGUGUCACUUUUUAAGCUGCAAACUUUUUUCCGCUUCUUCUUCUGGCUCGAUAUCCACCUCGGCUGCGAGCGAAUUAGGGCUUGA